AUGGACCGGGAUCGAGACGACGACGAGACUGCUCUGCACUGGACCAAGAAUGGCCUAGCUAUGGGGCGGUGGCUAUGCAUGCGUAAAUUGGUGAAAGAUAGAGACAGGGCAAGGAAAGGCAGGAGUGGGUGGAAGGCAGUGCAAUUAGACCUUCAGGAUGAAAGGGAGGAGUUAAGGCAAUUAGAUAUUAAGAAUGCAUUUCUGCAUGGUGAUCUUCAAGAGGAAAUUUACAUGAAACAGCCUCAGGGAUUUGUGGAUAUGGCCAAUCAUUUGUAUAUUUGCAAGUUAAUCAAGUUGUUGUAUGGUCUUAAGCAAGCUCCGAGGGCCUGGAACUCCAAGUUCACAAGUUACUUACCUGCAAUGGGGUUCAAAGCUUCUGCUUCAGAUUCCAGUUUAUUUGUUAAGCAAGAUAAUAGUGAUGUAGUCAUUCUACUGUUGUAUGUAGAUGACAUUAUCUUAACUGGAUCAAACUCGUGCAAGGUACAAAGUGUAAUCACAGAGUUAUCUGAGGUGUUUGAGCUUAAAGAUAUGGAAAAGUUGACUUAUUUUCUUGGUUUGCAAGUUAACUACAAGAAGAAUGGUGAUAUCUGUGUUAACCAAUCUAAGUAUAUAAAAUACUUAUUGCAUAAAACUGGUAUGGAGUCCUGCAAACCAGCAUCUACACCAUGCAAGCCUCAUAAUCCAUUGCUAGUCACUGAAGGUACCAUAUUGCCUGAUCCAAGUUUGUAUUGUAGUAUUGUUGGCUCAUUGCAGUAUUUGACCUUUACAAGGCCAGAUAUUGCAUAUGUUGUGAAUUCUGUGUGUAAAUUCAUGACUUCUCCCACAGAGAUACAUUUUGGGGUAGUAAAAAAGAUCCUGCGAUUCUUAAAAGGAACUAUACAAACUGGUAUCACAUUUUCAGUUGACACUGCAGUAGGGAUCACAGCCUUUAGUGAUUUUGUUUGGGCUACAGAUUUGAACACAAGGCGAUCUGUGACAGGCUAUGUUGUAUACAUUGGUAAUAAUCCAGUUUCAUGGCAGUCAAAGAAGCAAGAUUCUGUAUCAAGGAGUUCUACAGAAGCUGAGUAUAACGCAUUGGCACAUACUGCAGCUGAUGUUGCUUGGAUUAUAAAUGUUCUUCGAGAUAUGGCUAUUGUCUUACCUUUUCCUCCAGUGAUAUACUUUGAUAACAAAUAUGCAAUUGCAUUAAGUGCCAAACCAGUUUUUCACUUGAGGAUCAAACAUUUAGACACAAAUAUCAUUUCGUACUGGAGAGAGUUCAAAAGGGGGAUUUGCAAGUUCAAUAUCUACCUACUGAAGGUCAAACCACAGACAUACUAA